GUGCUCCUUCCUCCUGCUGAGGAAGAGGAGCUGCAGACCACAGAGGAGACUCCACAUCCUGCUCUCCGCUCAAUAACAGGAUGUCGGUCAGGAUGGAGAUGGAUAUGGGUGGAGUAGCUCGGGCUCCGGUCUCGAUCCUCCCUGCUGCAGAGAUCAAGUCCACCUUGAAACCAGAACAAGAGAGACCCCGUUGUGCCAGCACGCCGUGCUCCCCCAUCAGAGGGACGGUGGCUGGGUACCAGAUCCUCCACAUGGACUCCAACUACCUGGUGGGCUUCACCACGGGGGAGGAGCUGCUGAAGCUGGCCCACCGGUGGUCAGAGGGGGGUCCAGAGAAGAGCCCGGUCUCAGAGUCUGUGCCGGGAUCGGUCCAGACCCCUAAGUCGGUGGACCUGGGAGUCCACCGGUCUUCCCGGGUCUUCAAAGCCAGGAGUCGAUACUACCAGCCUUAUGACAUCCCUGCCUCCAGCGGGAGGAGGCGGAGACGCAUGCCCAGCUCCUGUGAGACCUUCCUCAGACCCCCUGCCAAUGGGGAGACAGGACGGGGUCUGCACGCCCCCCUACCCCUCUGUCUGCUGAAAGGGAAGAGGGCCCAGUCCAAGUCCUUGGACUACCUGAACCUGGACAGACUGAGUCUGAAAGAGUCUACAGACACAGAGGUGUUACAGUACCAGCUGCAGCACCUCACGCUGCGGGGGGAGCUGCGGGGGGAACGUGUGUUUACCAGGAACAAGACUUGAAGCUGGACCUGGUCCUGAUUUAGACCCCCUCUGGGAUUAGGUGCUAUUUCCAGCUCGCUUUCUUCAACUCAGAUUACAGUAGCUCCUGUACGAGGAGUGUGAUAAUCCAGUUAGAUUAUCA